AUGACGACUAUUGAUGCGGAUGUUCAUAUCGAGCCCGACAACCAUGACAACAGUUCUUCCACUGAUAGUCUGAGAGACUCCAUAUUUGACUUUCGACGAGAGAAUGGAAGAACCUAUCAUAAAUACAAAGAAGGAAAAUAUAAUUUGCCCAAUGAUUCUGAGGAACUUCAACGAUUGGAUCUCCAACACAAUUUGAUGCUUCUAACACUCGACAACAAGCUUGGUCUAAGCCCUCCAUGCCGUCCCGACUCGAAAGUCAAGCGAGUUCUUGAUGUUGGAACCGGUACAGGCAUAUGGGCUACCGACUUUGGCGACGAGCAUCCAGAUGCCAAGGUUCUUGGCGUUGACUUGUCGCCCGUUCAGCCAAGCUUUGUGCCUUCAAAUGUCCAAUUCGAGCUUGACGAUAUUGACGAAGAGUGGACUUAUAGUGAGACAUUUGACUUUAUCCACAGUAGAUUCAUGAACUUUAGUGUUCAAAACUGGAAGUCAUACCUCACCAAAAUCUACGCAAACCUUACUCCAGGAGGCUACGUCGAACUUCAAGACGUCGAUGUCAUAAUGGGUAGUGAUGAUGGAACCCUCAAACCAGACUCGACAAUGUACAAAUGGUGUCUCCUCCUCGACGAAGCUGCUGGGAAGUUUAACCGUUCAUUCGAAAGAACAACUAACUUCAAGAACCUUUUGCAAGAAGUUGGCUUCGUUGAUGUAGUAGAGACACGCUACAAGUGGCCUACGAACGGCUGGCCCCGAGACAAGAAGUACAAAGAACUUGGACAGUGGAAUAACGCGAAUGCCAGUUCGGCAUUGGAAGCGUUGACCAUGGCGCCUUUUACUAGAGGCCUUGGAUGGAGUCGUGAGGAGGUGGAAUCGUUCUUGGUUGCGUUGAGGAGUGAUUGGAAUGAUCCCAAGAUUCAUGCUUAUUGGCCGAUUUGUGUAACUUAUGCCAAGAAGCCCGAGGCAUGA